AUGCUAAACUGCCUGCUGUCUCACAUUUUCCGGAUUCCUCGCAGCAGUGCCGCGCGGCGUGAUUUUCUAGCGGGCAGUGUGGUGUGUGCCGCAGAGACGCUGCGCAAGCACCCGCCGCUGGCGAUGCUGAACCGCGAGGUGGGGCAGGAGGCGGCGGAGGCGUCGGCGCAGCUGGGCUGCCGCCUGGAGCCGGGCACCGCCGUCGUCGUGCCCCUGGCGGCGCUGCACCGCGACCCCAGCCUCUUCCCGCAGCCGCACCUCUUCCUGCCCGAGCGGUUCACCCCCGAGGAGGCGCAGCGCAGGCACCCCUGCGCCUACCUGCCCUUCGGCGGAGGGCCGCGGACCUGCAUCGGUAAACGCCUGGGCCUGCUGCUGAUGAAGGCGGCGGUGUCGGAGGUGGUGCUGCGCUGCCACCUGCAGCCCUGCCCCUGGACAGCGGCGCAGCCCGCCGCCGAGCCCUGGGCGCCGGUGCUGGUUCCGCAGGGCGGAAUUUGGCUCCGCUUCUCACCCCUCCAAGAUGGCUGCUGCGACGACCACGACGCGGUUGCUGGCGCCACCUCGCGACCUGCGAGCAAUCCGGACGAGGCUGCAGGCACCAACUUAACAUAGCCCCCUGAUGGUGCUGAUGGAGGUUUCUGGUCUGCGCUGUAGAGCCAGCCGACUCGCAGUUUUUCAGUGUGUGGACCCAUUAGCCGCCUCACUGUUGUGUAUUACACAUUGGGUCCUCGACUGCCAGCUCUUCAUAACGAGUACUGACGGUAUUCAGAUCUUUCGAGAUAUGGCAGUAAUAACACUGAAUCUGCUUUCUUGAUGAGCAGGAUAUCGCUUCCAAAGCAACCAGUUCCUUUCCAGCAAGAUUUACUUACCAGCGUUGCGAACUCGCAGUCUUACGGGUAUACACAUCAUUCCAGUCUCGACAGCCCCAGUGAUUGGAUGAAAGCACUGGGACGUUUCUACAAACUGACUAUUAACCGUCUUAGAUUUUCCAUUUCUUACUUCAUGUGCAUAUGGUUGCUUAUGCUACCAGAGUUUUUUGUUAAACUGACCAUGAGUCUACUAAUCUUAUUUCAAACUAUGCCGCCCUAAGCAGUGUAACCUCAUAGUCACUGAUUUGGAUUUUUACGCUUGUGCAAAUGUUAGAUUCAUACAUGUAUGCUGUUGUCUUUUAAUGGUAACGCUGCUUAAGAUAUGUUGUUAGAAAUAACUGCUUUUUUCGAAAAAUGUGGACUACAGACAAGAACUGAACACGGAAUUAUCGUAUUCGCCACCUGAUGUUUCUGAAACCUUUCUCGAACAGAUAUUUCUGUUAAUCAAAUUAAUCCGUUGCAAGAUCUCUUUACGCACAUUCAGUGCUCUUCCGUGUUUCAGACAGUCUUGGCCUGAGUCAACAGGUUACUAAAGUCUGCUUAUUAAUUUUCCAGAACAGAAGAUUUUGUGGAUUACAGAUAUGUUGCAAAGAAGAAAAACAUGGUUCUCGCUCUGAGCCACCAUUUAUUUAUCAAUCGUAGGCUGUUUAUAAUUUGACAGAAAGCUAAACACCUAUCUUCGACUGGGCUUAAAACGUUCUUACAGGAGUCUCCACAACUACAGUAUGAAUUCUGUUUGCCUAGAAAAUACUAUCCAGAUGCGAUACGCCAGUUUAAGUGUGAAUAGCUCAAGAAGAACACAAUGACGAUAACAAAUAAUGAGUUGGAUGAUUACAUCUGAUAUUAAGGAUAAGUGUACUUCAACUGAGUUUCGUUUUAAUGACACAUGUUAUCAUUGAUAUGGUUUUACUGAAACCUGUAUAUCAAAUGCAUCAUGUAAAGUAAUAUUUAAAAUAUG